AGGAGCAGCAACGUAUGCAUCCUUUACAUCAAGGAAGCUCAAAGUUUUUCAGAAACACACCUCCCAAUAACUUCUUCUUAAGCUUCAUUGCUCAUUCCUGAGUCAAGUCAUACCCUGUCCCCCAGCUGCAAAGGAAGCCAAGAAAGCAAGGGACAGAAUUGUCAAGACUGACUAGGACCAAUCCUGAUCCAUGGCCUAUGUCUGGGCAUAGUGCCUUUGGAGAUUGGAGUUCUGUUGGCAAGGAAGCAAGAAGGAAAAUGGACAUUGUGAAGCUUUAAUGCACCAUUUUUGAAAGCACUAUUGACCACCUCUUCUCUGAUGUGAAGUUUGCUACAGAUCACAGCUGGUGCUGCUACCUUGGUCUACCUUUUCUACAGGCGGUAAAAUUCUGAGGUGUCGUCUGGAAUUUGAGAGCCACGCUCCAUUAACACUAAUGAGUGACUUAUGGUGAAAUCAUCAUGGAUCAGGCUGAACAUCUCCUUGUGGAAUCAGUGGAAUGUGUGUGACCUUAACCGUGUUGUUGAAUGAUUACCCAUCAGAAAAUACAAAAAGGGAAGGACAACUAAGCAAGUCCAAAAGUCACUCCCGAGUUGGCCUGAAACCAAGCACCAAGCAAAAGACCUCCAUUUUCAGCACACUGGCCCGUGAGAAGUCCUUAUCUGAAUGCAAAAAGGAACAGCAAUGGAAACCUUCGAUGUACAGCAGCAUAACUCCAGUCUGCUUUACAAGCCCUCUGAUUGAGAAGCCAAUUGGCAAAAUGAGGGGGAAACUGAGGCUUAGCAAGGUUGGGCAACUGCCCAACAUCACACAGCUGGAAAGUAUGCCUCAGACUCCUCCCUUUUCAGCAAUGUUUGACAGCAGUGGUUAUAACCGAAACCUCUAUCAGUCUGCAGAGGACAGCUGUGGAGGGUUGUAUUACCAUGACAACAACCUCCUCUCCGGAUCUCUGGAAGCACUCAUCCAGCACUUAGUGCCUAAUGUGGAUUACUAUCCGGAUAGAACGUACAUAUUUACCUUCCUACUCAGUUCUCGGUUAUUUAUGCAUCCGUAUGAGCUAAUGGCCAAGGUUUGCCACUUAUGCGUCGAGCACCAGAGACUAAGUGAUCCUAAUAGUGAUAAGAACCAGAUAAGAAAAAUUGCACCUAAAAUCCUUCAACUCCUGACAGAAUGGACGGAGACGUUUCCUUAUGAUUUUCGGGAUGAAAGAAUGAUGAGAAACUUAAAAGAUCUGGCUCACCGAAUAGCCAGUGGCGAGGAGACAUAUAGGAAGAAUGUCCAGCAGAUGAUCCAGUGUCUAAUCCGCAAACUUGCUGCACUCAGCCAGUACGAGGAAGUCCUGGCGAAAAUCAGCUCCACAUCGACAGAUCGGCUCACAGUCCUCAAGACCAAGCCACAGUCCAUACAAAGGGACAUCAUUACUGUCUGCAGUGACCCUUACACGUUGGCCCAGCAGCUGACUCACAUAGAGCUGGAAAGGCUCAAUUAUAUUGGGCCAGAAGAAUUCGUUCAGGCAUUUGUGCAGAAGGACCCUUUGGACAAUGACAAGACUUGCUACAGUGAACGGAAGAAGACACGAAACCUAGAGGCGUACGUGGAAUGGUUUAAUCGCCUCAGCUACUUGGUUGCUACAGAAAUCUGCAUGCCUGUGAAGAAGAAGCACCGAGCAAGAAUGAUUGAGUAUUUCAUUGACGUAGCUCGCGAGUGUUUUAACAUUGGCAACUUUAAUUCCUUGAUGGCAAUAAUCUCUGGCAUGAAUAUGAGUCCAGUCUCUCGACUAAAAAAAACUUGGGCCAAAGUGAAGACUGCAAAGUUUGACAUUCUUGAGCAUCAGAUGGACCCUUCAAGCAAUUUCUACAAUUAUCGAACAGCUCUUCGUGGGGCAGCACAGAGGUCUUUAACUGCUCAUAGUAGCAGAGAGAAGAUCGUGAUACCCUUCUUCAGUCUUUUAAUCAAAGAUAUUUAUUUCCUCAAUGAAGGCUGUGCCAACCGCCUUCCCAAUGGCCAUGUCAACUUUGAGAAAUUUUGGGAACUGGCCAAACAAGUGAGUGAAUUCAUGACCUGGAAACAAGUGGAGUGUCCCUUUGAGAGGGACCGGAAGAUCUUGCAGUAUCUGCUCACGGUGCCAGUCUUCAGUGAAGAUGCUCUUUACUUGGCUUCCUAUGAGAGUGAAGGACCAGAAAAUCAUAUAGAGAAAGACAGAUGGAAGUCCUUAAGGUCGAGCCUCUUGGGCCGAGUUUAACAAACGGCACGUUGACUACCGCUGCUGCUGCUGCUGCUGCACCACGCAGAUCAUCGAGGGGCUGGCCUUUGUUUUCUGGCAUCUCGUCCUACGAAAAAUCGUGAAGUCCCUGCAAGCAAGCCCACUCCAGAGCAGAUGGGGAACUUAUUUCCCACAGCUGACAGAUUGACUCAGAUUUUGUGGGACCGAAAUGUUCACCGAAGACACUUGAGAAAGAGUCCUCUAAAGAUCCCGGCUCUGCACAUGAUUCAUCUCCUGGAAUUUCCAUGUGAAUCACUGCUCUGCACCUGGAUGGAGCUUUCUUUUGUGUGUUUUUUUUUCAUUUGGUUGAACAUUUGCUGCUAAUGGGACUUGCCCAGCUGAGCGCUGGCUGUUAGGAAGCCCAUGUUUCUUUGUUAACUUAAAUGAAAAAGGGAGAGGAGGGAAGGGAAAUAACCCCUCCGUUUAGAUCCCAAACUUCAGCUCAGUGGUGUUGCCAGGAGGGGUGAGACUGGUUGGAGGCUGACCUCGGACUUCGUUUCCCUUAGCGUGUGCUGUGUUGUAAAUUCCCCUCUCCCCUCUUCCUACAAGGUUUUGAGUUGGCUGCUGGUUAGCAAACUCCUUUUUACCCAUAUAAGUUAUUUAAUAUAAUGAUGAAGCUCAACACUGUGGUAGGAAAAUAGCCACUAGGAAAAAAAAAAGCAGAGUUUGUCAUUGGACUGCUCAACGUUCUAGAAGGACUUUUUGUUUUCUUUGCCCUUCUGAGUUGUUUACAACUGACCACUGUGUUCUACAGAUGUAUUUUUUGGUAGUUUUUUGUUACUUAGUUUUCCAUGACGCCUAUUUUUUUUUUUCUGUUGUAAAUUUAAAUUAUCUGACUUUCAGGGUCUUGGAAAAACCCGUGGCCUAAUUACAAUUUAAUUUUUUUAACAGACUCCUAUUUUUCCUUACCUUGCGGUGUCUGUUGGUGACUAAAUGUGAACGAGGAGUAAAUUGGAAAAGUUACCACCCACCCCCUCCCCUAAAGCCAUGAACAAAAUGAACGAAAAACAUCUCACUGUUAACUCAGAGGUCGCUCUAAUUGUGAAAUAGUUCACCUUGUUAAACGUCUAAAGAAGUCUGUUGUUGCUCUGCAAACAGCCAUUUAUUUAUUUACUCUAGAAACUGUAGAGUAGUAAACCGUGCUAAUGAAAAACACAAAACAUCAUGUUCCAAAUAGAGAUGUAUUUGAAAACUUAAUGACAUGGUUUCAAAAAACAGAGCAUGUAUGUAGGCUGCACGCCAUCUCAGCAGACCUCAGAUGUCUCCAGGUUAUCCCUUUACAACCAUCAAUAUAUUUUACACUCUGCGGCCAGGAGUUGUGGCGUCCUUCUUUUCUUUUAUGGAUGGGAUUGUUGGGUGAGGGGUGGCCGAAGUAGCAGUAGGUCAACUCAAGUGACUGGCUGAAAAUGUGGAGGACGUGCGUGGGCGUUUAUUUUCUAAAAAUGAAUUGUGGUCAGCAUUUAAUAAACAGCACUUGCCAAGUA